AUGCACUCCGUAGACGAAAGAAUCCUGGCGACAUGGCAGGUCGACAGUCUCGAGGCCAUCUUGGGCCGGAACCUGUCGCCCAGGACGUGGAGCCAGCAGCUGCGUAAACGUCUCUUGGCCCUGAGCCGCCUGGUCUCCCUCCAAGAGGCCCGCGAGUUACUGAGACAAGAGCUCGCAUCCCGCCUCAACGAUCCCGCCAGGAACAGAACCGCGCAGCGGAAACACCUCUGCGAUAUCGACGUCCUCCACGUCGUCAACGCCCAGCAGAAGGAGAACCCGCGACCCGAGCUGCUCGACGAGGACGAACAGCUGGACCCUAUCACUGUCGCUCCCGUUUCCACUCGCUCUACGAGGCGCAAGAGAGUACGAUCACAAUCUCCGGACCAGGUAGAUGCCCGGCCGCCGUUGCGUUCCCGAAGCCCGGACCUAUCCACCCCCUUCACACUGGGUCGCCCACCUGGUCGUACGGCCCGAGACGAUUAUCCUCUCCAGCUUCUUGCACGCACCGCGGCCGAUUCCAAACCCCCUUUUGUGCCGAUCCUUCCACGUACCCAUCGCCCGAUGCGGGUACCCCCAGUGACAUAUCGUCACGGCCCCACGGCGGACCACGGCAAACACACCGACACGAUAGUGGUGGAGCCGAACUCGCCCGAGAACCCAUCACCCCAGUCGAGAAAGGAAGUUGCCAUUCCUCCACGAGACGGCCCGAGCCCAAGGCCGACCCCCGAGACAGGCGAUGCCGACGAACUCGCCAACGACGACACGACGACCAAUGACGCCGCGAACGACAGCGCGAAUAACGAGAUUGCGGGCGCUGAUGUGACUGAAAACGACAUGGCGAGCGACGAUGGGGCGAACGAAGGCACGGCGAAUGGAGGCAUGAGCGACGACGGGGCGAACGGCGACAUGACGAAUGGGAGCAACGACACCGAUGUGAAGAUGGUGGACACGGUCUCAGUCCAGGAUACCCCACGACCGCAAACCGCCAUCUCAUCGGCUCCGAAAACCCCGAACUCUUAUGUAGAUACCGUGUUUGUGCCAUUUGAGGACGAGACCGACACGACCACGGCGGACGCUACCUUGUCCCGGGAAAUCCCACGGCCGAAAACCGCAAACCCACGUGUCGAAAACGUGUUUGCGCGCCUCAAGAACGAACGAGAGUACGAGAUAGCAGACCUCGAGGGCGAGGUGCAGAAACUGAGGUUCGAGGUAGACGUCAAGAGGACACAGAUUCAGCUAUACCGGCACAACCACACGCAGGCGCGACGGCGUGCCGAGCGGACCCGCGGCUCACUAAAUGACUUGGUGGCCGAGGAGGAGGAAUCCGGCCAGGUGGGGGAGUACGACGAAGCUCUCGCGGAAAUCACCGCGUUCGGCGAGCGAUACUCAUCCAUCCUCGAUGCCACAGGCGAGGAGAACCUAGGAGACCAGAGGAGACAAAUCCCCCGUACCCCCGCAAAGCGAAUCUCGUCAAAGAUGUCAUCGCGGGGGACGCCGGGCCUCCAGGACGUCAGCGAGACCCCGAAGGUGCUUCUCACCAGCCUGCACGCGGCCAUCAAGAUGCAAAAGGCGCUACAGAUCGAAAGAAAGACGGCGCUCCAAGAAGCGAGAGUGGCGGCGGAGCAAGAAGUAAAGGACGCCGAGGCCGCUGUCGUCGAGAGGUUGGCGGAGGCGGAGGAGGCGGAAGCGAGCGUGACGAGCCUGCUGGGCACUCUCCAAAGUCUGGAGAACUAUCUGAACUCGGUCAAGGAGCAGGCAGUACUCCUCGACAAGAUGGGCGCCUGUUAA